AUGAAUACCAUCUCUGACUUGACAUACGGAUGUGCUGGAAAUCCUUUACAAAUUCGGAUUCUACGGAAAUGGAAGCCACAAUUCCGCCGUCACGAAACAUGGUUUCUUGGAGUAGACAAAAAUGGAGAUGCGAUUCAAAUUUUGGGACAGAGAACAAACCAGAGUUUCAUAGAAUCAAUCUUCACCGUCUCUAACUGCUAUACAUUAUCCCACUACAACUGUCCCAAUCUUGAUGAAUAUCAGAAAAUUGUAGAAAAUAACAUCUAUGUAGAUGUUGGCCUUGCUUCUGCAAUCGAACGUAUUCCGGAUACGGUCACAAUACCAAGAACAUGGUUUCGGUUUGUCUCAGAGCCUGGUUUAAAUGACUUUGCUGAAAAUCCUCCAUACCUUCCAGACUUCAUUGGCUUAUUAUCAAGACUCAGAGAAUGCAAGAAGGAAUGCAUCGAUGAGCCUGAAAAAUUUAAUCGUGAAGAACUUGCAUCACCUCCUACAGCAACAAUUGUUGUUGUUACCAGCUUAAAAGCAUCUUCUUUCGGCGGACAUGGAAUAAUAGCCUCCCCAAUCUUUCAGUAUAAACUGAAUGUAACCAUAACCGAUCCCACAGGAUCUAUACCAACGACCUUAUCUGAUAACACAGCACAUAAACUAUUUGGUGCUGGUCCUGAUAAAAUAAUAACAGAUACUUCUGACAAGGACAAAAAAACCUUACCUCUUAUCAUCAAAGAAUGUGAAGGGAAACUCAGACACAUGUAUGUUCAGAUGACAAGGUCCUCCACCAAGAACAACAUUCGGUUCAUAAUCAUUGGUAUCGAAGAUGGAAGCUCCAUAAGUCAAUCCGCAAUACCAGCAACUCCUUUGCCCUCCACACAAUCGACGGUUACCAAAGGUCAUACCAACAUUCCACUGUCAUCCUCAUCUCACAGCACAACAAUUGCAAGAAAUCUAUCCUUUGAAGAUAAAUCACCUUAUGAUAAAGAAGGAAAGCCCGAUAUUAUAGAAGCUGCACAGACAAAGCUUGAAGAAGGAUUCGACAUGCCCAAUACCAAUUACGGCACCAUGCCAAUCGACACAGAUGACAGCAACUACAACACCAUAAAAAACAUUAUGCAAGAAGUGGAGGUUGAAGAUGUCUCCAUGGCGGACAACAUAUCGUUCAUGCUCGCCUCAAUCCAUAAAAGGAUUGGCAAGUACAAGAGGACAAUGGCAACUCACCCUCGUAACUAA